AUGUCGAUAAUCCUGCCGCUACGAGGCAAUCGGCUCUCGGCCCUACCAGCGGCCUCUUCAGCCUCCAUUCGUGAUCCGUUGUCGCAAAUCCAGCGGCAGGCCGAUUUAAUCCAGAAGAUUCUUCAGGAAUUGAUCGAUGCUCAGAGUGAGGGCUUGGCAGUAGGUCUUGGUCAGCCCUCGCUAGAGGACACACUCGAUUGCAGCACCACACGUGCGCCGGUUUCAGCUUUGAGAGCCGGGUCGCUGUCCAAAGCACCUGGCCAGCGAUCAACACCAACACCUAUCGGUCUUCGAGCGGCAAGGCGAGGAAUAGCACGGUCGAUGCACGAUCUUCUCAAGCUGCGCCAGACCGAAAGCUCUGUCUUGCUGUCUCAAGAAGACCAGCGAGCCGGCGCACUUGACGAGAUUCGCGACUUCAAGUUGAGGAGAGAAGGUCUGGAGGAGGCUUUGUCAUCUAUAUUCACUGACCGGGAAAGCCAGGAAGCAGGCAAACUUCGAAAAGAAGCUAGCGCCCUUGAUGCUGAGAUUGGUGAACUUGAAACCAGACUGUGCGAAAUGAAAGCACGUCAUCGCAAUAUCAUCAGCAAGAUCUCCCGCAUUGAAAAUUCUGUCGAUGCGAAACGAUCUUCGUAUACGGAGGCCUUAUCUCUUCUUCAGUCUGACGUAGAUAAUUAUCUCCGUAACCCGCCCGUCCAGCAAAUGAGUGGGCAGACAAACGAGUCUUCGUUCUACUCCCUAAAACCAGACCGACGAACACUCGAGCUAGCGCAAGAGCAAUGGAAGCUUGAGCAAGAGCACUUGCACCAAAGACGUCGGGAAGUUGAUGCAGAAAUCGCUGCUCUCGAAGAAGGAGGCGAUGUCUGGAACCGAGCCAUUGCCGAUAUCUCAGAGUUUGAAAGUCUUCUUCGAACUCAAAUGUGCCGCCACAUGGAGCUUCAAUCGUCACUGACGUUUUCAGAAGUUGACCCAACACCGUUACCUCUUAGGGAAAUCGCUGUCAAAGUCUCUAGAGAAUUGGACAGGACAAUUUCGCGACUUGAUGCCUUCCUGGAGCUUGCCAACCAGCGGGAGUGGAAAUUGCUGGUUUGCUGCCUUUCUGCCGAACUUGCGGCGCUUCAUGAAGCCAAAAGAAUGCUGCUGCCGGCCUUUGGAAUACCUUCACGCAAUGAUGCACCUCCUUCAAAUGGUAACUCAUCCGAGGAUCAAGAUUCAGCUGAAUCUCCGCCGCCUGCAGAGAACUUGUCUCAUGACGAGGAGGGUGGUGAUCGCGACUCAGAGCCCCCGGCAGAUCUUCUGCAAGAUGAUGCGACUCAGAAUACUGACACUGUCCCGCGAUCUGAUGAUGACGAACCAGAUCCUGCGUGGCUAUAG